CGGAAGCUACAUGAAGGUUUCUUCUGCGAGAUGUUUCUGGACUGACUGAUAUUUUCAUUCAGGAAUACCGGAUCGCGGCUUUAACUGAAUAUCCCGAUUGCUUUAAAGCCGCAGGAUUUUUCUGUAGGACAAGAUCGUUUCUUGAUCAUGCCAGCUGCUGUUUUGGUUUAGUCUUUUUUAUUGAUUUGUCAGUAUUGUGUGUCCGGUUAGCAGACCGGCUAGCGGCUGCUGUGCAACAGCACAAUGAGUUCUGCGAAAGAGAUCAAACAACUUCAAAAAGCCAAAAGCAAAGCCCAGAUCAAUAAUAAUCUGAAGGAGGAGGCCAAUCUGUGCAAUCAGCUCGGAGAACUUUUAGCCAAGAAUGGUGAUUACCAGGCGGCCAUAGAGGAGCAUCGACAGGAGCUUGCUCUAUCCGAGGUUCUGCAUGACGUAAUUGGGUGCGCUGUAGCCAAUCGGAAGAUAGGAGAGUGUUACGCAGAGCUUGGAAACAUCGAAGCUGCCCUUAAGCAUCAGAGACGCCACCUGGAUCUUGCUCGCUCUGUGAAUGAUGCGACUGAGGAGCAGAGAGCUCUGGCCACUAUCGGUCGCACUUACCUCUUUCUUCACGAUUCUGAUCAGUCAACAGACAGCCUGAAGCAGGCAGAGGACGCUUUCAAAAAGAGCCUGGCUAUACUGGAUGGCCGUCUUGAAGGGACUGUGUCAGCAAGGGAGCUGAGUGAAAUGAGGGCACGUCUGUUGUUAAACCUUGGCUUUGUUUUUGACGGCUUGAAAGAACCACAACGCUGCAGUGAUUUUAUCCGCCAGAGCAUCUACAUCUCCGAGAAGAAUAAUCUGCUGGAGGAUCUCUACCGGGCCAACUUUAAUCUGGGCAGCAUUCACUUUAGAAAUGGACAGCACUCUCUGGCAAUGCGCUGCUUUGAGAAGAGCAAGGAGUGUGCACGCAAGAUGAGUGACAAGUUUAGCGAUGAGUGCUUCUACACCAUCGGCAAGGUUCUUCUGAAUCUGGGAGACCUACAGGCUGCCCGGCAUUCUUUGAAAAAGGCUUUCCGUCUUGGCUCCCAGCAGCUUGCAGAACGAGAGGCAGUCAAGAGGGACCUCAGAUAUGCAAUCCGUGGCUGUCAGCUGGAGGAAGAUAUGGCGGUUGUGAGUAACAGCGUCUCUCAGGAGGCCUUGGGUCUUACAGAGGGACUGGGAGAUCUCUACUGCAAAGUGGGCUGCUAUUCCAAAGCUCUGGAAUCUUAUCGCACACAGUUGUCAUGUGCCGAAAAGUUGGGGAAGCCUGCUCGUGAGCUGGCUGUUAUUCAUGUCUCUCUGGCGGCCACUUAUACAGACCUGCGACAGCACAACAAAGCUUUAGAGCAUUACAGACACGAGCUGCAACUGAGAGAUGGCAAUCCAAAAGAGGAGUGUGAGACCUGGUUGAACAUUGCAAGCUGUCAGGAGGAAUAUGGUGUGAGCCUAGAGGAAGUGGACAACAGUUACACUGCUGCUUUAAACUGUGCUGAGAAAGCAGCUCAAAGCAAACUCAAGAGACGUGUUCUGAGGGUGUGGUUGCAGGCACAAAAGCGUGCUAGCUCAGCAGGUGCUGAUGCCACCGAGGCCCGUCUCCGGGAGCAGUGUGAGGCAGAGCUGUCGUUUGAGGACAGUGAUGGAGAUGAGGAGGAAGAGGAGCUGCAGAAUAGUGAACCUCUCGAUAGCGACAUUCAGCUCUCAGAUUCUGAUGAUGAUCUGGAUGGCUAUGAUAAGCUUGUGACUGGCAGGAGAAAAACUGGCAGGUGGAACCGCCGAAAUGAGAAGGGAGAAACUGCCCUGCACCGAGCAUGUAUUGAGGGAAAUUGGAAACAGGUCAAUUUUCUGGUAGAGCAGGGCCAUCCAUUAAAUCCAAGAGAUCACUGCGGCUGGACUCCACUGCAUGAAGCCUGCAACCAUGGUCAUUUAGGGAUUGUAGCCUUGCUGUUGGACAAAGGGGCGAACGUAAAUGAUCCUGGUGGUGUGUACUGUGAUGGAGUUACGCCGCACGAUGCUCUGAGUUGUGGUCACUUUGAGAUAGCACGGCUUCUAGUGCAGAGAGGGGCUUCGGUUAAUGUCCGCAAUAACAAGGGUGACAAACCUUUGGACACCUUGCGGCAGUGGUUAAAGACAUAUGGCCGUGAGCUGGACCAGGAAACGCGACAGGAUUGUUCAGAAACAGAGAAACUCCUGAAGAGAGCGCUAGCAGGAGCAGUGGCAGCUGUGCCUGUGACUCCACAGCCUCUACAGGACAGUCAGCUGUUUGAUUCAGAGUGUUCAGAGCCAUUGCUGCAACAAACUGAGUCCCGCCCCACAUUCCAGCAUGCUUUGCACAAUGUACAUACCCCUCCAGAGGCCAGCACUCCCCCCAGAGUGAGGCGAUCCACUGGCCCACGCCACCAACCAAGGGGAACUGAGGAGAAUAUUCUGUUUGGGAGUGAGAGCAGCUUCUCUGAGUACUCGGACUCUGAGAUCAGCCCGCUGCGACCUGUGCGGCCAAGACAUCGCUUUACAGAUGUCGCUCCAUCCCCACAAGAAAUUCGUGAGACCCAGAAUAUCCUUGCACCUGGAGGUAGAGAGAUAGAGCUGCCCCCAAAGCCUUGCUCCAGCAGAGAGGAAUACCACAGGACCAUUCAAAACCUAGGCAGUGCAAAGUCUCGUCUUCUUUCUCAGAGCCUAUCAGAGCCAGCCUUUAGCAGCACGCCAGCAGUAUCGACCAAUCACAUGUCAGCUUUAGUACCUGAGGAGCACUACAUAGAAGACAGCUGGCUGGAAGAUGACUUGGGGUGUGCUCAGCCAAAAAAGAAACGGAGAGUUGGGUCGGAACAGGAGAUCUCAAACAGCAGAUGGGACAGUGUGGUAUCUAGAAAUCAGAAUCGAGAUUCUGCAUCGUUCGAGUCAUCUGCUAGAGGCCCGUCACCCUCCAGUAGGAGUCUUUCUUUGAAAAAGAAUAAUAAGGCCCGACAAGUGAAGAUGAGCCAACUGCCUGGAAUGGUGAUGCUGGGCAGAAGAGAAGUCACCAGGUCACCCAGUCCCAUCAUUACCCCUGCUGAUGAGCCCCCUCAGCUUGGACACCCUCAGUCAUAUAGCACCCAGGCGGUGACGCAGGCUGUUCUUCAGAGCACAGCAGCUUCAAUGCCUGCACCAAUUAGAAUGAGGGUCAGAGUUCAGAACAACGUCUUCCUGAUUCCUGUUCCACACAGUGAAGCUGACUCCUGCACUGUGUCAUGGCUAUGUGAACAGGCUGCACAACGUUAUUAUCAGACCUGUGGGCUUCUUCCACGUCUCUCUCUACAGAAAGAGGGUGCUCUACUCUCACCUGCUGACUUGUUGCUGGCAGUUUUGCACACUAAUGAGGAGGUUCUGGCAGAGGUCUGUUCCUGGGACCUUCCUCCACUUCCUGAGCGAUAUAAGAAAGCUUGUAAGAGUUUGGAUGUGGAAGAGAACAGGCGCGUGUUGAGGCUAUGUGAGGUGCAGGACGGCUCUCCGAGUGUUAGCAUAUGUGGUCUUAGUCUGGUUCCACCAAGUCUGUCUCCCCUCCUUCGUGCCCUCAAACUCCAGAGCAGCCUCACAGAGCUCAGCAUUUCUGCAAACCGUCUUAAUGAUGACCUUCUUCCUGAGCUCAUCUCUGCAGCAACCACCAUGCCCCGCCUUCGUCUUCUUGACAUCUCAGCCAAUCAGAUCACAGGAGAAGGAAUGAAGAAGGCAGCUAGUACACUAGAGGGGAGGACUCAAGAUGCCUUUCCGUGUCUGGAGGAGCUGAAUUUGAGUAUGAAUCCGCUUGGAGAUGGCUGGUCUCAGGCUCUGGCUUGUUUACUAUCCUCCUGCCCCCUUCUGGCUACUCUGUCUGUUCAGGCCUGUGGCCUCACUGCCCGCUUUCUUCAGCAACACCGGCUCCUGCUAGCCAGUGCUCUCACAGGUACAGGUCACUUACGUUCUGUGUGCCUCUCCCAGAACGCAUUGGGCUCCACAGGGUUUGAAUUGGUGUUAAAGACAUUGCCAAUUCAGCACCUCACACACCUGGAGCUUAAUGCUGUGUGUACAGGUCCCUCAGAUCAGCCGGCGCUGGACCUCCUUACCAAAGUUCUAACACAGGGAGACUGUACACUUACACAUCUGGGCCUAGCUGCAAAUGGCCUGACUGAUCAAAGUGUUAGAUCAUUCACAAGGUGUCUUGCUCUUUGUCCAUCCCUUGUGUCCCUGGAUCUGUCAGCUAAUCCUUCUGUGACUUCAACUGGACUUCAAAGCAUCCUCAAUGCUCUUGGGGAAGCACGACAUACUUUGACUCAACUUAAUCUUCAAGGUUGCCAGGUGUGUGGACCCUGGGACACAGUGGGUUUAGACAGCCUGGCCGAUCGUGUUCAGGAUCUACAGCUGUGCUCUCAAAGUCUUAACAAGCUGGAUCAGGAGAUUCUGCGCCGGAGCUGGCCAGGCCGUAUCCUGUCCCGUAACUCAAAGUGUCUCCUCACUAUUGCUCCUGUUUCACAUUAACCUGCACAAUCAUCGUGGUUUGGAGAACUGAACUGAACUGAGCUGACACAAUACUGGUCUUUUCCUGUGUUGGACACAACACCCGACCAUCCAUCACACACACCCAUCACACACACCCAUCCAUCACACAUCACACCCACCCACCCAUCACACACAACCACACUCACACUCACACACUUCAUUUUUGUUAAAAAAAUUUUACUGUACAAAUAUAUUUGUGUAAGAUUUAUUUAAAUUUGGUGUUCGGUGUCUGUUAGAAUGUACAUGAGUGUUGCAGAGACAGUAAGGGGUCUUUGUGUCCAUCCACUGUUUAUGUGAAGUAGUUUCUCUUUCGAUUGCAGCCCUGUCUUAAACAUUUGGCAUUAAAAAAUACAGAAUAAAUUGACAGACGUA